UCUUCAAGUAAUAUUCCAACUUCUCUUUCUUCUCCGUGUCCAACCCACCACCUAAAACUCCAUGGAAUCAGAUGCACCACCAACCCAACCACCCUCCAAAACUUACGAACUAACAGCCUCUUCCAUAUCCUACACCAAAUCAAUCACAGCCGCCACCACCUUCUCCCCAUUUCACCUCCUCUUCAAGCAAUGCACCUUCCCCACCCCCACCUACAUCCUCAAAGACAUCUCCCUCACCGCCUACCCCUCCGAAAUCCUCGCCAUUGUGGGCCCUAGCGGCGCCGGAAAAUCAACCCUCCUUGACAUCUUAGCCGCCCGAAGAUCACCCACAAGCGGCGCUCUCCUCCUCAACUCUUUCCCCAUCAGCGCUUCCUCAUUCCGCAAGCUCUCAGCCUAUGUCCCUCAGCACGACGCAUGCCUUCCCCUCCUCACCGUUUUCGAAACCUUUGCUUUUGCCGCAAGCCUCCUCGUCCCUAACCCUAACCCUUCAAACAUUGCCGCCAUUGUCUCCUCUCUUCUGACCGAGCUCCGGCUCACACAUUUGUCCAACACCCGCCUCGGCCAAGGCCUAUCGGGCGGCGAACGCAGGCGUGUCUCCAUAGGCCUCAGCCUUCUCCACGACCCUUCUGUCCUCCUUCUCGACGAGCCCACCUCAGGUCUCGACAGCACCUCUGCUUUCAACGUAAUCCAAACCCUAAAAUCCAUCUGCACCUCGCGUCACCGCACUGUGAUUUUAUCAAUCCACCAACCCAGCUUCAAAAUCCUCUCCACCGUUGAUAGAAUUCUCUUGCUAUCAAAAGGGUCAGUUGUCCACCACGGAACCCUUUCCUCUCUCGAAGUUUUUCUGCUCUCGAAUGGCUUCACUGUCCCUCCACAACUCAAUGCCUUGGAAUAUACCAUGGAAAUUCUCAACCACCUCCCUCCCAUCACAUCUACAAAAACCACAUCAUCACCUCCUAAUGAUCCUAUUGAUCAUGAAAAGCAGGCAUUUAGGCCAGUCAUUAGAUACAAAAGCUCUAGAAUUCAAGAGAUAUUGGCUUUAUACAACCGGUUUUGGAAAAUCAUCUACAGAACAAGGCAGCUCCUUUUAACAAACACUCUUGAAGCACUUCUUGUAGGCCUUGUCUUGGGAACUAUUUACAUCAACAUUGGAUUCGACAAGCAAGGAAUCGAAAAGCGGUUUGGCCUCUUCGCCUUCACUCUUACAUUCCUCCUCUCCUCCACCACCGAAGCCCUACCAAUCUUCAUCAACGAAAGGCCGAUCCUCCUCCGAGAAACCUCCGGCGGAAUCUACCGGCUCUCCUCAUACCUCAUCGCCAACACUCUCGUUUUCUUGCCCUACUUGCUUGCCAUUGCGAUCAUAUACUCCGUUUCGGUCUACUUCUUGGUGGGUCUGUGUGGUUCUUGGCAGGCGUUUGCUUAUUUUGUUCUGGUCAUAUGGAUCAUUGUUCUAAUGGCGAAUUCAUUCGUCUUGUUCUUGAGCUCUCUGGCUCCCAACUACAUCGCCGGGACUUCGCUCGUGACGAUAUUUUUGGGCGGGUUUUUUCUCUUCUCCGGCUACUUCAUCUCCCAAGGUAACAUGCCCAAGUACUGGCUCUUCAUGCACUUCUUCUCCAUGUACAAAUAUGCCCUGGAUGCCCUUCUGAUCAACGAGUACGGUUGCCUUGUGUCAACGUGUUUGAUAUGGUACCAAGAAAGUAACAGUGAUAGUAAAGUUUGCAUGGUGACGGGAGGCGACGUGUUGCAGAAAAGAGGGCUGCAUGAAGGGCAGAGGUGGACUAAUAUCUACAUCCUGCUAGGGUUUUUCGUGUUCUAUCGUGUGCUUUGUUUGAUGGUUUUGAUCAGAAGGGUUUCCAGAUCAAAGAAGUAGUCAACUAAAGUCAAAUAUGAAUAAGAUGAAAUACAUCGGGGAGCCGUACGUACUGAAUCGAGUGAAAUGAUGACGACGUAGUAGACGGUGAUUGAUUGGUCAGGGAGUAGGUUGUGGUGUAGAAUGGUAGGUGGAAGUUAGAACAAUAUGUAAUCACGGGUCCCUUCAGGAAGCAAAACGAUCGAUGCGCAAUGCAUUGAGAUUGUGAGCGAAGAAUCCAAGAUCGGCU